CACAAAUCUCUCUUUCUCUCUCUAAUUUUUCUCUCAACAUUUUCAUUUCAUCAAGAUGAGUUCAUACCAAAAUAGUGAACUCUGACAUGGUAUCAGAGCAGAUCAAUUGAUCCGCUAAAAUUCAUGCAUUGAAUUGAUCAUCUUCUUAUGAUCAAUCAAUCAAUUCCGCAACUCAUUUUUUUUGAAAUCAGUAAAGUUCCUGUAAACAGAGAAUUUCUUUAGCAAAUUUUUUCAUAUUCUAUUGAAAUCUUUUCAAUCUUCUUGUUAGAAUUCUGCAAUUCAGCAACAAUGUCAACUGAAAAUACGCAAAACAAAGAAAAUCAUCAAGAUCCUAAUUCAGUAUAUUUUCUGAAUAACUCUGAUGUUAAUUCAUCAAAAUUGGUUAAUGUUGUGUUCGAUGGAAGUACUGGAUUCAACGAUUGGCAAAGAUCAAUGACAAUAUCUCUUUCAGCAAGAAACAAGUUAUGUUUUGUUGAUGGAUCAUUGAACAGACCAGCAGCAACGUCAACAGACUUCAAAUUGUGGAGCAGAUGCAAUGAUCUGGUAAUAUCCUGGAUUUUAAGCUCUCUUGAAUCUUCAAUCCGUAGAAGUGUAUUGUACUUAAGAACAACAAGAGAUAUUUGGCUUGAUCUAGAGGAAAGAUUUGGCCAAUCAUCUGGACCUCAAUUGUUUUCUAUUCAACAGCAGUUAGGAGAUUUAAAUCAAGGAAAUGAUGAAGGAAUUUCAUGUUUCUUUACAAAAAUCAAGUUGCUAUGGGAUCAGCUUCAUGGAUUAGAACCUCUUCCUUUCUGUACAUGUGUUGGAUGUAAAUGCACUAUUACAGAAAAGUUGUUAAAAUCUCAGCAAAAUCAGAGAUUAAUUCAACUGUUAAUGAAGGUGAAUGAUAAGUAUGCUCAUACUAGAAGUGGUAUACUAAUGAUGAAUCCACUUCCUACAAUCUCCAAAGCUUACAAUCUGUUGUUACAAGAAGAAACUCAUAAAGAUUUGAGUAAUUUGAAGUCUCAAUUUAGUGGAGAUGGUUUAGCUUUUUCAGCAAAUAAAUAUCAUGAUGUGAGAUCUUACAAGCAAAAUGGGCAAACUAGUACAACCACUAACACAAUACAAAGAAACUAUGCAAGAAACAGCUUGUAUUGUGAACAUUGCAGAAUGAAAAAUCACACCAUUGAUAAGUGUUGGAAGUUACAUGGUUAUCCCAAGAACAAAGGAAAAAGAAUUGUUGCUGCUGUCACUCAAGAUUGCAAUGAUGAUGAACAAGAAUCUGGUACUGUUCAUGCUACUCUUACUGCAGAACAACAUCAACAAUUAAUGGAGUAUCUGGAGAAAUUUCAGAACAUAGACAAGCCCAAUCCUACUACAAGUUCUCUUGGUUUGGCUGUAAGUUCACAAUUGGAAGGACCUUCCCAUGAACAAGCAAGUUUUGCUUGGUAAGCUGGAUAAAGGUCUUUAUAUCCUGGACACUUCAUUGCUUCAUACUUCACCUUCCACUACUACAACUGCAGCACCUAAAUCAGCAUGUUUCUCAGCAAUAACAGAAGCCAAAUUAUGGCAUCUCAGACUUGGACAUCUCUCUUUUGGCAGAAUAAAGAAUAUCAAGGGCAUUGAUAUUCAGGGUUGCUUAGCUGAGUGUUUUUGUAAUAUAUGUCCUCUAGCUAAGCAAACUAGACUCCCAUUUCCUUCUACUAGUCCUGUAAAAACUCAUCAACCUUUUGAGUUGAUUCAUAUAGAUGUUUGGGGUCCUUACUUGACUUGUGAUUCUUCUGGUAAUACUCAAUUCCUCACUAUUGUAGAUGAUUUCACCAGGAUGACUUGGAUUCAUUUACUAAAAAGCAAGAGUGAUUCUGUUUCAA